GGGAGGAGAAGAAAGCAAGUCAAAGAAGGGUAAAAAGAGGAGAAGAAAGGAGGAACGGUAUAUGUGAGGAGUUAGAGGAGGAGUUGACAGAGGAGGAGCUGAGGAACAGACAGAGAAGGAGCUGAGGAGAAGACUGAGAAGGAGCUGAGAGGAGCAGACAGAGGAGGAACUGAGGACCAGGUGGAGGAGCUGAGGAGCAGAGAGAGGAGGAGCUGAGGACCAGGUGGAGGAGCUGAGGAGCAGACAGAGGAGGAGAUGGAUAUCAGUGUGAUCCGGCUGAGUCAUUGUCAGAAGGAGAUCUUCUGUUUCUCGGUGCCAGAGGAGUGUCCGAGCUGUGGGGAGGAGCUGAGGGGGAGCAGACUGCAGGAGGCGCCAGUCAGCCUCCCGUCCCCCUUCACUAAUGGACACAAGACGUCCUGCUGCCUGCUGGUCGCACCUGCACACAACAACCUCACCAGAGACUUUGACGGGAUGUCAGAUCUUCACACCGGGAUCUCCAACACUUCAGGAGUUGUGUAUAACUACACUCUUGGUGGAGUUGGUAAAGAUCAGAGUGGGUGGGAACGUUGCAUCAGUGUUCCUCUGGUCCGACCCGACAUGUUCAACCUGCUAGCUCAAUGGGACCAGUACCUAGACCGCUUCUCUGUUGGACCCAUGUGGGACCCUGCCUGGCACAGGUACACCUCACACGUGGUACAGCAACACCUCACACCUAACACAGGUACAACUCACACCUAACACAGGUACACCUCACUUCUGAAACAGGUACACCUCACACCUAACACAGUUACACCUCACACAUGGUACAGGUACACCUCACUUCUGGUACAGGUACACCUCACACCUGGUGCAGACACUCCUCACUUCUGGUACAGGUACACCUCACACCUGGUGCAGGUACACCUCACUUCUGGUACAGGUAAACCUCAAACCGGUUACAGGUACACCUCACACCUAGUACAGGUACACCUGACACAGGUACACCUCACACCUGACACAGGUACACCUCACACCUGGCACAAGUACACCUCGCUUCUGGAACAAGUACACCUCACACCUGAAACAUGUACACCUCACAUGAGACACAGGUACACCUCACACCUGGUACAGGUACAUCUUACACCUGGCACAGGCAUACCUCACACCUGGUACAGGUACACCUCCCACCUGGCACAGGCACACCUAAAACAGGUAUACCUCACUCCUGGUUAGGGUUGAGAUUCGUUAGGAUUUUAAUGAUUCCGAUUCCUUACCGAUUCCUUCUUAACGGUUCGAGUCCUUAUCGAUUCCUCUUACCAAUUCCUACAUUAUAUUCAUUAUACUUGCUAUACUUAAACAAGUAUAUAAUAAACACAAAUGCAAUCAUACAAAUACAAAAACUUUAUUCUAACUGUUGCACAGUACAAUUAGAUGAAAAUACACAUUUGUGUGUGGUGUGUAUUUCAGAUUUAGAGCUUGUAUCAUCUCCCUGAGAAUAUAUAACAACAAAAAGUGAUUCUCUGAUUUCUACAGUAACACUACUACCUCAAAUUAACCACAGCAAUGUAAUAAAAAAUACUUAUAUGCAUUCAUGCUUGGGCACUGUUAUUUACGUGACAACACCUGAACAUAACACACACAGACACACACUGGCUGUUUGUUUCUAUCUCUCCUCUCGCUGGAAGUAUCGGACCUCCUGCCGCCUGCUCCCGUCUCAAACACGGAGGUCUCCCUCUCCGCUGAGCACCCACGGCGCACGCCCAGCCUGUUAAGAGCCUGUAACCAUGACAACUGUGAGACACAAACUCAGUGCUUUAGUAAUUAAAUAAUGUCGGGCUCGGUCGGGUUCGGACAGAAAUAUGCGGCCCGUGCUGCACUCUAAUGGAAAUGCACGUGAUGUUGUUUUUUUUUUUUUUUACAAUCUAGGAACCGUUUGCAGGAACCGUUACUCCAAAUGUGAUGGAACCGGUUCUAAAAAAGAACCGGAUCCAGAUCCCAAUCCUACUCCUGGUACAGGUACAGGUACACCUAACACCUAACACAGAUACACCUCACACCUGGCGCAGGCACACCUCACAUCUGGAACAGGUACACCUCCCUUCUGGAACAGGUACACCUCACACAGACAGAAAAGACACAAAAGUAACGCCCAGCACCAACCUCCAUCCCCUGACCUUGUGCCCGCCCCGUGUCCUUCCCCUGAACUUGUGUCCGUCCCCUGACCCCGUGAUCGUCUCCUGACCCCAUGUCCGUCCCCUGACCUUGUGCCUGCCCCGUGUCCUUCCCCUGACCUCGUGUCUGUCCCCUGACCCUGUGUCUGUCCCGACUCCAUGUCUGUCCCCUGACCCCGUGUCUGUCUCCUGAUCCUGUGUCUGUCCCAAUCUUGUGUAUGUACCCUGACCCCCUGUCUGUCCCCUGACCUUUUGUCCGUCCCCUGACUCCGUGUA